AUGUCUGGUUUCCUUCAUGACUGUACGACACACAACAAACAGCAGCUUGAUCUCCACAAUUUGUCCGUACAACAAUUGUACGACCAAUUUCAAGCAGCUUCUUCUAGUCAUGAGAAGAUUGAAACCCAAUGGGAAAAAGAGAAAGAUGAAGAGCGUAUUCGACGCGAAGCUUUCGCUGCAGAUCACGCGUAUCGUUUGUACUUUGAGGGGGAAGCCUUACGUAAACAGCUGCACGUUCUGGAGGCAAACAGAGAGCUGGAUCGACAAGUGAUGCGCUGUGAACUCAACGCCGAGUACGAAGAGAAGCUACACGCGAUGCACGCUGAGCUUCUUGACAAGCAGCAGAAGUUCGCAGAGUAUCGCGCAACGAUGCAACGCGAGCUUCAAACAGUGAUACAAGGAGCGCACUCACAGUUCGUGGAUCAACUUCUGGACUACUCUGGCACCCUUCCUGCCACUACGAAACACUCGGUGUCCCAUUUACUACGUGGACAACAAGAUGUCGUGAGGAUUAGGAGCGAGAAUGCUGCUAUGAAGCAAGCACUUGUGAAGGUCCAAGCACUCGGAGAUAUGCAGCAACAGACGCACACAGCUGCCAAAGAACGAGAAGUGUUACUUUCGCAAAGAUACGCUACAGCUGAGAGUUUGUUACGACACGAGGUGGAACAAUUGCAGAUUUAUGUGAAACAACUGGAGCAGAAUAUGACCAAAUUGUCCCAGGAAAAGACGUACUACCAGGUGAAGUGGACGACGGUGCACAAGGAGAUGGAAGGGACAACUCAGAGACGACGCGAGGAAAAAGUUCGCGGACUAGCAGCAACCCACAAUCGUACAGAUUGUGACGAUCUGCCAGCUAUUUCUCCUCGAGUCUGUGCAGUUCCUGACGGCAAAAGUGACACGGAGAGUUCAAUGGAUACCAGAGCGACAGAAACUGGAAACGCAAUAUUUGAACUCCACACGUCACUAUCAGAAUGA